AGGACCGAGGCGCCGCGCGGCUACGUGGAGAUCUGAAUUGCGCGUUAAUCAUCCCAGUAAUGGAACACCUGUGUCAUUAGUUUGUGUAGUGAUCGUUAAUUGUACGUGACAGUAGUGCAGCCAAGGAAGGUUUAGACUCUGUAGCAUCCAUGGUGCAGACUUUGCCGGGAAAAGCCAGCGGGCGUGGGUACUGAGCGCCGGCAGUGGGGAGUGUGGUGCUGCAGGUCUGGUGUACCUUGCCUGAUUUCCACCGUGGCGGCGCCGGACAGCAGUAGGAGCGAGGCAUACUCCACCAUCUGGAUGAGGGAGCACAACUGUGUGUGUGACGAGCUGCUCAAGAUUCACCCAAAUCUUGGGAUGACAACUGCCUCUACCAGACUGCCCGCCUUACUGUCAUCAUUGUCAUCACUGACAUCAAGGAACCACACACACGCUCUCUACCCAGUGCUGGAGGAGGUGAAUGAAAACGGCCGCCAGCUGAGGUUCCAGGGGCUCUACGCGUACCGCAGGAGGUUUGGCAUGCAGCCCUUCACCUCCUUCCUUGACCUGGCUGGUGACCCCAAACUGGCGGCUGACCUGGAGCAUUUCUGCAGGGACAUAGAGGCUGUGGAGUACUAUGUCAGUCUUGUCACGGCACGCCUCGGCCCCUCGGUCACCCUGCCGUCCACGGUCAGUUUGGGAGGCCCCUGGAGUGUGAAGGGGCUCAUGGCUGCCCAUUUGCAGCCCUAAGUACUGGAAGUCCUCCACUUCUGGCAGCAAGGAAGGCUUUCAGGUCGUCAAGACAGCCACUCUGAAGAAACCCUUCUGCCUCAACAUGAAAACAGGCCGUUAGAAUGAGAAUGUCGCGUUCACAGUCUCUCCCUGGUACGUCCUGAGCUUCCGGGGCUGCGUUAGGGUACAUUCAUGCUACGGCUGCGUCUUCAGGUCCUCCCAGCCCAUCCUGGUGCACCCCGAGUCCCUGAAUGUGGGUUAGGGUGUCGGGGUGUGUGGCUGUUGCCUGGGAGGUGAGUUGAAGCUUCUCACAGUUAAAGUUUGGGUGCCCAAGUGUGUGUGUGUGUGUGUGUUGGUGUGUGAGGCAAGUGAAGCUUGGGUAUUUAUUUGUGUAGGUGGAGUGUGCUUACAUUUCCUUGUUUAUUGAUUUUUAAUGAUAGGCAAGGUGGAACUAUUACUUAUUUUAUUAUUUUAUGUAUCUAUUUAUUUAUUUACUUAUUUUUGUAAAAGGGGAAUAUGAUGGUUGUGUUAUUUGUUAUUAUUUGUAUUGACAGCAAGAAAAGACUCUGAUCUCUGGUAAGCUACACAACUCUUUGAAGUGACUCCACUACAAAAAAUUGUCAUUCAAAGUUUGUGGUUAUGGGAAAGACUGAUUGGCUGGCUGGCACUGAAAGGGUUAAGGAUAUCAGGGUGGGAAUGAGGCUUUCAUUGUUUGACACCAUUUUCUACUCAGCUCUUCCUCUCACCUACCAAGAAAGUAGAUGUGUGUGUGUGUGUGUGUGUGUGUGUGUGUGUGUGUUACACUGAUAUUUGUUGUACCUGGGCUGUAUAUAAUUAUUGCUAUUUACACAUGUACUGCUUUUCAUAGAUAAAACAAAGUGAAAGAUGCAAAGAA